AUGUGUGGAAGUGUUAAGGAGUUGCGUCAUAGUGAUCUGGAGCUGUGUAAACUCGCACGACAAGCGAAAGAUAAUUGGUGGCAGAUGAAGGCUCGUCAGAUGCAGUGGCUCGCUGAUACCAACCAGCUCGAAGAGUUUUAUGCUGAAGUGCGACAUCUACUCGGUACGUCCACUAUGGCAAAAGUUCCAAUGAAUUCAACUAGUGGUGAAGCGCUUUUUAAAAGCGGGGUGGAAAAACUCGAGCGAUGGGUGGAGCAUUUCAACACCCUACUUAACGUGGAUAAUUUUGUUGACCUAGACCAUGUUCGCUAA